CUCAGUUUCUCCACUGCAAUGGGGAAGAUGACUGUGGGAAUCAAGCAGAUGAAGAAAACUGUGAUGAUAACAGUGGAUGGUCUCAGCAACUAGAUAAAUAUUUUGCAAUCUACAAUGAAAGGAUGCCCCAAUACGCCUUUGAAGUGAGCACCUAUGAAUGCUUGGUUGAUUCUGUGCCAACAGAAUGUUUGUGCCGAGGGCUAGAGGUUGACUGUGAUGGUGCCAAUUUGAGCACAAUCCCUUUGGUCUCUUCAAAUAUCAUUAUGAUGUCCCUGAAAAGGAAUCUUCUGAGAAAACUUGCUGACAACAGUUUCAAGAAAUAUCAAAAUCUGAAAAAAUUGUAUCUUCAAGAUAAUAAAAUAAGUGUUGUGUCAGGACAUGCUUUCAAAGGACUCUACAAUCUAUCAAAGCUAUACCUAAGUCACAACAACAUAACCUACCUAAAACCCCGUGUCUUUGAAGAUCUACAUAAACUUGAAUGGCUCAUAAUUGAAAACAAUAAGAUCAAAUGCAUCUCUCCACUAACCUUUUAUGGGCUCAGCUCACUUAUUCUCUUAGUUUUGAUGAAUAAUGCCCUUGCACAGUUGCCUGAUAAACAUCUUUGUCAACAUAUGCCAAGGUUACACUGGCUUGUUUUGAGAAGAAACGAAAUCAGCUCUCUAAAUGAAAAUAGCUUCUCUAAUCUUCACAGAUUAGCUGAAUUAGACUUGGCAAACAACCAGAUUGAAUCAUUUCCUCCAUACCUGUUUAAGGACCUGAAAGAACUUUCACAACUGAAUCUUUCAUGCAAUCCAGUACAGAAUAUACAAGCAGAUCAGUUUGACUAUCUUGCAAAACUCAAUUCUCUUAGCCUGGAAGGUAUUGAAAUUACAACUAUUCAGAGAAGAAUGUUCAAUCCACUUAGAAACCUCUCCCAUAUAUAUUUUAAAAAAUUCCAGUAUUGUGGCUAUGCCCCUCAUGUACGCAGCUGUAAACCGAACACUGAUGGAAUCUCUUCCUUUGAGAACUUGUUGGCCAGCAUUCUACAGAGAGUUUUUGUCUGGGUUGUGUCUGCUGUCACUUGCUUUGGAAACAUCUUUGUCAUCUGCAUGAGGCCUUAUAUUCGAUCAGAGAACAAACUCCACGCCAUGUCGAUAAUGUCCCUCUGCUGUGCAGACUGCCUUAUGGGAAUAUACUUAUUUGUCAUUGGAGCCUUUGACCUGAAGUAUCGUGGGGAAUACAAUAGACAUGCUCAGUUAUGGAUGGACAGUAUUCAGUGCCAGCUGGUGGGAUCUUUGGCCAUUUUGUCCACAGAAGUGUCGGUUUUAUUAUUAACCUAUCUAACUUUGGAAAAAUACAUCUUCAUCGUUUACCCCUUUAGAUGCUUGAAGCGAGGAAGAUACAGGACAAUUUCCAUUUUGUUUCUCAUCUGGGUGGUAGGGUUUGUGGUUGCUUUUAUUCCAGUAAGCAAUAAGGACUUUUUCCAAAACUACUAUGGAACUAAUGGUGUCUGUUUCCCUCUUCACUCUGAGCAAUCAGAAACCACAGGAGGUCAAAUUUAUUCUGUUGUAAUUUUUCUAGGUGUUAACUUGGUAGCAUUCAUCAUCAUCGUGUUCUCCUAUGGAAGCAUGUUUUACAGCGUUCAUCAAACAGCCAUUACUGCCACUGAAAUCCGGAAUCAUGUGAAAAAAGAGAUGUCUCUUGCCAAACGGUUUUUCUUCAUCGUAUUUACUAAUGCACUGUGUUGGAUCCCCAUAUUUAUACUGAAAUUGCUAUCCUUACUUCAAGUAGAAAUUCCAGGCUCCAUAACUUCCUGGGUAGUGAUAUUUAUAUUACCAAUCAACAGCGCCUUGAACCCUCUUCUCUAUACACUGACCACUAGGCCUUUCAAGGAAAUGAUUAAUCAGGUUUGGCACAAUUACAAGCAAAGAAGAUCCUCAGGAAGCAAGAACAGCCAGAAAACGUAUGGGGCCUCAUUCAUUUGGGUAGAAAUGUGGCCUGUACAAGAGAGCUUACCUGAGUUAACAAAACCUGCUCUUUAUACGGACUUUUCAGAAGGAUCUAUUACGACACAUACAUCAACAUGCAGUCCAUACAUAUGAAGCAAAUGCAUGUGGUUCACUCUGACUUUCUUUGCACAUUCAGCAUCAUUUUCUUGGAGCGAUUGCCACUUAGAGAGCGAAGCAACAAACACCCUUUUACAAAUUGUGGAAUGAACUCUUAAGCAGAACAAAAAACACUGACUUAUCACUGUAUAUCUCUAUGAACAACUAUUGGGAGUACUAGCCAUAAACGUGGGGAAGGGGUGAUUAAAGAUGAUAGCGUCUGAUGAUUUGAGGGUGAGCAUUUGCACCAGUCUAAGAAUUGUUUUGUAUUUUGACCAAUUUUUAAUUUGCAAGCUUUAUGAUAAUAGAAGAUUGGAGUGUACGAACCAGUGUUAUCCCUAAGCCUUUGGCAGUAUUUUUCUGAAAUGUUUGCUUUGUGGCUGAAAUAUA